UAGUUUAUGUCAGUAAUUGUGAUUUUUGUGCUGGCCUAUAGUUUUAACCAUCAGUGAAGAAGGUGUUACAGUAUAUUUAAUUGGAUCUAACAUACAACUAUCUUAUAAACAUUGUUGUAUAAACAGUGUGAUUCUGAGACAGGUCCAGUGUUGAACCAGCAGGGGCACCAGAUUGUAUCUCUGCAAAUCCUUAACUAAGACAGCACCUCAUCCCGCUCAUCGGCUUAAACUACCUCAAGUAAACGUUAUCAUACAUGUGUGAAUGUUGAUACUGUUGAAGAUGGUACUGGCAGAUUCAUCUCAUGUGUGAAGAGAGGUUACAAUGUUUUCGCACUUUAGCCUCAAUCCUCUUAAAGUGUGACAAGGUCACUGAGUACCAGCCGAUGCCUGGCUAAGCCUGAGCUGAGAGGAGAUAACCCAGUGAGCAGGAAGCCAAUUCCAAUGUGUUACUACAGUACGAGACAAGCCACUGACUGGGAUGGCACAGUGGGGUGCCAUAUUCUCAAUAAUCGCUGCCCUCGGUGGAGCAGCGCUCUUAGCCUCCGUGCACAAGAUUGACGAGGGACACACUGGAGUUUACUACAGGGGAGGGGCUCUCCUGACCACCACCAGCGGCCCUGGUUUCCAUCUUAUGCUUCCAUUUAUCACCACCUACAAACCAGUUCAGACGACGCUGCAGACAGACGAGGUGAAGAAUGUACCCUGCGGCACAGGUGGAGGAGUGAUGAUUUACUUUGACCGUAUAGAAGUGGUGAACUACCUCGUUCCAACAGCAGUGUUCGACAUAGUGAGGAACUUCACAGCCGACUACGACAAAGCUUUGAUAUUCAACAAGGUUCACCAUGAGCUCAACCAGUUCUGCAGCGUUCACUCGCUGCAGGAGGUCUACAUCGGCUUGUUUGACCAAAUUGAUGAAAACUUGAAGUUGACACUGCAAGAGGACCUAACAAACAUGGCACCCGGACUCAUCAUACAGGCGGUCCGUGUCACAAAACCCAACAUCCCAGAGAGCAUUCGCAGGAACUACGAGCUCAUGGAGAGUGAGAAGACGAAGCUGCUGAUCUCUCAACAGACACAGAAGGUUGUGGAGAAGGAGGCAGAAACAGAAAGGAUCAAAGCUGUGAUAGAGGCUGAGAAAGUGGCACAAGUGGCAGAGAUCAAGUUCGGACAGAAAGUCAUGGAGAAGGAAACGGAAAAAAAGAUUUCUCUAAUCGAAGACUCCGCUUACUUGGCCCGGGAGAGAGCCAAGGCAGAUGCAGAGUUCUAUACAUCACAGAAAGCUGCAGAGGCCAAUAAGAUGAAGUUGACACCGGAGUACCUGCAGCUAAUGAAGUACAAGGCCAUCUCAACCAACAGCAAAAUCUAUUUUGGGAACGACAUACCCCAGAUGUUUGUGGACUCUGGCUCUGCAGGGAGCUCAAUCAAGGCCUCUGCAGCUAUGGACAUUGUUGCUGAGCAGUUCCUGGACCUGGAUUAGUGAGGGAAGUAGUGGGGGCCCGCAGGACCACCCAGGGGUGGAGGACUGCUUGAGGGCAGGAGCCCGGCCCACAGGCUCGGCUGGCAUCUUCUCCCUCUGACCUGGAGAAGCUCUGCAGACCAGGGCCUGUAUUUCUCAAACACCUCAGAAUAACCGCUAGAAAAUCACAAUGAAGGGUUUGACUAGGAUGUAAUAUUCUCCUGCCUCAGAGCAGAGGACUCGAGAUAUUAUAUAGCUUCCUACGCUUCUACUGAAUGAGAUCGUCUAGACUACAGUAAAUUGGUUGGAAGUAAAACUAGAUGAGAUAGCUUCACCCGUUGGUGAAUAAUUAGCCCCCUUUAUUUGUCAUCAUCAUCCCUCCUUUAUCUUCAUUUAAAGGAAUUUUCCCUGCUGCUGCUCAGCUCUUGUGGCCUGUGCAUCAAGUGUGCCAAGUCCAUUUAGCCACAACAUCAAGGAUCACAAAUCAUCGCUACUGGUGUGUUUAUACUGUGUUAUCCAUUGACGUGCAUGUGUCCUCAUUGAGCAUGUGAAGCAGUGAUAUUUAUUCAGUGGCGGGGAAAUGACUGAUCAUCUUAACUAAGAUCAUCUUAAUUCAGAGUUAUUGUUCUUGUUAACAUCAAUUGGCCGUUCGCUAACCCCUGUCCCCUAGUUACUGUUGCUAUGCCUGUCCAGCUUUCAUUUCUCACACUGCACAAAUGCAGUAGACUCGAUUUUUUUUCUUUGUCUGCCACUCAGAAAUGUUAUCUGCCACUUUUGAAAUCUCUGCGCUAAAUGAAGGAAUAACAUUUUAGAUCUGAUGUCAUUCAAUGUUUAAUAUUUUAUACACAAAAAACAUUAUAUACACAGUAAAUUACAGUGUUCGAAUUACACCGUGGCUUCCGGGGGAGCCCUAUCUUUCGGGGCAGGGAGGGUACUAUACACAGUACUGUACUGCACUUUGUUAUUGUCAUCUAUAGUGGUUGCAUUAAAAACACACAGUUCAAAUGAU